AUGGAGUUUUCCAGCCUUACGAUAGACAAUAGCAUCAAAAAGGGACUUCGAGAGCAUGGAUUUGUUGGCAUGACGGAGAUACAGCAGAAGAUCAUUCCUGUUGGGCUUGAAGGAAGCGAUGUGAUUGGAUCGUCGCAAACAGGAAGCGGAAAGACACUUGCAUUUGUUGUGCCUAUGCUGCACCGCCUGAAGGAGCUUCGGUGGAACACACAGGAUGGUCUUGGAUGCCUAGUUGUGACGCCAACGCGUGAGCUUGCAUUACAGAUAUUUGAUGUGCUGAGCAAAGUAGGGAAGCAUGCAGGAUUCAGCAUGGGGCUGAUCAUGGGGGGAAUGGAAGUUGAGAGUGAGCCCGAAAAGGUCUGCGGAGUAAACAUUCUUGUGUGCACACCGGGGCGACUGAUACAGCAUCUGCAGGAAAACACACACAUGAGCACCGGCAAUGUUCAAAUCUUGGUGCUUGACGAGGCAGACAAAAUGAUCGAGAUGGGAUUCAGGGAAAGCCUGGUGUCUAUUCUUGGGCAUCUGCCAAGGAAGAAGCAGGUGAUGUUGUUUUCUGCAACACCAAAGGCCUCUGUUGCAAGGAUCCUUGAGCUAGACGAUCCAAAGAUAGUCUGUGUAUAUAGAGAAGAGGGGUUUCCAUCACGAUUGCAGCAGUACUUUUACAUGAUGAGGAUCAAAGACAAGGUGAACAAUCUCUAUGCAUUUCUAAAGAAGAAUGCAGACAUAAAGGCGGUUGUGUUUUUCAGUACAUGCAAAGAGGUGAAGUUUCACCACCUGCUGUUUGGAAGGCUUAAGGUACGCAGCAAAAUUUUCUGCUUGAGUGGUGGAAUGACCCAGAAGCAAAGAAUCGAAGUGUUUACAAGAUUUGUAAACGAAAAGAACGGAUACUUGUUCUGUACGGACCUUGGAUCCAGAGGGCUAGACUUUCCAAACGUGGAUGCAGUGCUGCAGUAUGAUUGCCCAUGCAACAUAGAAACGUAUGUUCAUCGUGUCGGAAGGACAGCAAGGAACAACAAUGAAGGGAAGUCGUACCUGUAUCUCGUGCAUGGCGAGGAAAGGAUUCUUUCAGAUAUACAGAAGCGAGGGUGGGUUCAGAAGGAUAAGGAUUCUGAGUCCAAAGGCAAAAGCACAGCAAUGCUUGAUGACAUAUCAGAAGGGCCCAGGAUGGAAGUGAACCCAAUAGAUAGGAAUGUGCAGGGCAUUAUAAAGCACAGUGCAGAGAUCAGUGAGUAUUGCAAGAAGUAUCUUGUGACAUACGAAAGGUUUAUUUCAAUGAGCAGCAGGAAGUAUUCAGAUUGUGUAAUACAAAAGAUGCCGUCCUUAUAUAGCUACUUUGGAAUUGAAAGAGACGCAAAGCACAAAAGUAGAGAGGAGGAUUCUGAAUGA